AUGGUCCGGUCCUACAGCCCGAUGUGUACCCUGGCCUCCUCAAUGUGCCUUAGCGAGGUGGAGGAGUCCUGUGCAGCCGCUCUCCAAUUCCGUACACCCAAAAGGGGCCGAGCAUCCUUAAUGACCCCCAAUAGUCAUGUUUCCCCAAUAGUAGUUUCUUUCAGAUUCCUUCCAUCGCACAAGAACGAAACCGAAAUAGAGAAAGAGAAGAGAGACUCACAUCUUAAACUGGACACUACUAGACCCACAUCUUACACUGGACACUACAAGAACUUCACUCUUCGAGAUCCCGACGGUAACUGCGUCUGCAGGUCAAAGGGCCUGCCCUUAACUAAACUUAACUAG